UCAAACUGUCACACACACACACACACACACACACACAGAUACACAUAGACACAAUCACACACACACACACAAUCGCAAGGCAGACAAUCGACGGAUUUAUUGUUGUGGAACCGACGAGUCCCGACUUCGUCUGCUGUGAACGAAAGGAUAAAAUGGUGAUUAAGUUAAUUUCAUGAGAGACAACCAAAAUUUGUGGAAUUAUAAAGAAUAACUGACAAAGACUGUAAACAAUGACGUAUUAUGGUAAAGCCAAGAAACAUCGAGUGGAACAAAGAUUCUGAGACAAUUCUUUGCGGUGAUGUGGGUGGGGAGGAUCGCUUCAAUUCUGAAGAAUUUAUUUUCAAAUCGACGAAGAACAUAAGGAAUAACGGAUAACAAGGGGCAAGUAGAAUCACGGGAAUCGAAAGCGAAGUCAACAGUAGCAGAAUAUAUUGCAGGGAAUAAACAGGCAUCGAUUAGAAUUGAAUAAAAGGAGAAGAAGCAAAUGUAAAGGAAGUUGAAGGUUAAUUAUUAGAAGACAUAUUAAAGACAGAUCAAAAAGAUUAGCAGAAAAUAGGACACACACCUUACAUACAUAUACAUACAUAGCUUCAUAUAUACAUAUAUUAUGUAUUAUAUAUAUAUAUGAAUAUAUAAGAAUAAAAGAAAAUCAUAGAAGGAUCUUGAGAGAGAGAGAGGGCUCAAAACAUCUACAUUUUAACUGAACUAUCCUGAAAACAUGUAAUAGUAAAAUAUUGGUCGUAAAACGGUCAUAGAACGGUCAUACAAUAAUUAUUUUUGACAAAGACAAUCGUUGUAUAUCAAUUAAAAUUAAUCAUGUCCUCUUUAGAAACUGCACCUUCCAAUAAUACGAAGCAAGUCCGCAUUUGUCCCAGUGUCAAGUCUGAUGUCACGGAUGGAACGACAGAUGGGAGUAAUGCAACCAAUCAGAAACGUCGACCAUCUGUUUUCCCGAACGCUCAUCGCCGACGUUCAUCUUUCCAGUUCAAGCAAUUGGCUUUGUCCAGCUUUCAUCGUUUGAGUAUGGCUACCAGCAGUGACAUAGAAUGUCUGCCGAAGGUCCGGCAACAAAACACCUAUCGAAUCGACCCACACCCAGACAGCAAAUUCGUCGAAUCUAAGGUAAAGAACGCCGUUUAUGAAUAUCUGUGUGAAGAACUGACCAACGUGGAAUACAACGACAAAGAUUGGAAACUAAAGACAAGAGAUAUUGGCGACCAACUACGGAACCAAAUUAAAUCUCUCGGUUUUCUCCGAUACAAAAUCAUUGUUGAAAUAUUGAUCAAUCCUAAAGGUGCGAACAAUGAUUUGAUCUUUGGCAGCCGGUGUCUCAGUGAUCCGGACCGGGAUCGAUCUAUUGCCGUCGUCUUCUCCAAUGAUUCGCUGUCAGCUGUGGUUUGUGUUUAUGCCAUUUAUUACGAUUAACACAUUAUUUUCAUGGUUUGCAUUAGAAACGGGUACCACUAACUUUACAUGAAAUGAUUAUUAAGGCAAGUGGAUAUAUAUAUAGAGAGAGAGACAGAGAAAGAGAGAGAGGGGGAGGGGAGGGGGGAGAGAGAGAGCGGGAGAGAGAGAGAGAGAGAAAAAAAUUGAAAUAAUGGAAAUAGUAUUUUCUAAAAUGAAACAUUUUGUGCGCUCGUAGAAGGCUCAACUUUGCAUACAGGACCCGAGGUGACAUUUUGAGAUAUUUAAAAAAAAAAAAAGUUCAUCAGAUGUGGUAUAUGGUGCACGUGACAAUGUGUGUGUGUGUGUGUGUAUGAAUGCAUCUGUAUGUGUAUAUAUACCCUUAUAGAAAGUGAUGUUUAUGAAUGUUAUUCCCGAACCUGCUCGGAAACAACCACAGGAAAACACAUCUGUUUUGGCGGGUAUUAAAAAUUUCUUAUUAAAAAAUCUGCCUGAUGAAAGUGACUUUUUUGCGUAAAAUUAUUUUUUAAAAUAUCGACCAUAUUUUAAAAGACUUUAUAAAUGAAGAUAAACAAUGAACUGUAUACAGUUACGUGUCUCAAUAUUUAACAAUUAAACUAAUACCAACAACGUUCAGAUCAUUUCAGACAUUUAUUCUUUGAUAAAAGAAGCAGAGUUUCACUUGAAGUUUCCCAAGAAAACAACAGCAGCGAAUAUGAAAAUGAAAUAUUUCAAAGCUGAUAGGAAUAGAAAAUAAAAAUAACAACAAACUCCGUAAUUCAAAACUAAAACAAAACAAAACAAAGUUAACCACUUUGUUACAAUGUUUAAGUUUUUAUGUAUUACGAGUUGGUAUCAAAAGGUUCCCGGACUAAUUAGGUUUAAUUAAAAAAAUAACUUAUUUACCAAAGUUUUAACAUUCUCUCCUUCGAAAUGGUCGACUUACGCAGCAAUACCGGUGCCAGCAUUCCUGCUACAUUUGGAAUCCGGUCUGAAGUUGUUUCUGUGAGUUGAGGACCUUCUGCAAUUCGCUUUCAAAAUGGGGGAAGG